AUGUCGUUCUAUACUUGUGAUAUUACCAUACAAAAGAUGGAGAAAGCAAUGAACAUGUGGUUUGGGGACCAAACACAGAAAAGAGUUCCAUUGGACGGGCCAGUGAUUAGAGAAAAAGCUAAGAGAUUGUAUGAUCACUUAACACAGGAUGCUGUGUCAACUUUGGGGGAGAGCAGUGUAGCCAAGGAAUCUACUUUUAUAGCCAACAAGAGAUGGUUUGAGAAGUUCAAAAGGAGGUAUGGGCUGCAUAAUGUUAAAUUGGUCAGUGAAGGUGCAUUUGCAGAACAUGAAACUACAGCAAGGUUUCCACCCAAGCUGGCCGAACUCAUUGAGGAGAAAGGUUACAAGCCAGGGCAAGUUAUUAACGCAGAUGAGACUGGCUUAUUUUGGAAACAGAUGCCAAAGAGAACCUUUCUUUCAAAAGAUGAGAAAUCUGCUCCGGGUUACAAGGCUGCGAAAGACCGACUUACCCUUCUCAUCUGUGGAAAUGCAAUGGAGGAUUUUAUGGGUGAAAAAGGAUUUUCUGGUGCUCAAGGUGUACCUGGCCAGACAGGUUUCUGUGGCCCUGAGGGACCUCCAGGGCCACAGGGACCCACGGGAAUGCUAGGAUUACCUGGUUUUUCAGGUCUCCCAGGUCUUCCAGGUGAACCAGGAAACAUUGGUGGUCCUGGAGGUCAAGGAAUUCCAGGAUGCAAUGGCCCAAAGGGUAUUGAUGGCCUCAAAGGAGAUAAGGGGUGCCCUGCAAGUGGAUAUGACCCAGGAUAUGAUGGAAGAGGUGACCCUGGAUUACCAGGAAUACCUGGACGCCAGGGUGUUUCAGGGAGAAUGGGACUUCCAGGAUCACCUCGCGUUUUCACCAAAUGCAUGGCAGUUGUCGCUGCGUUCCUGCGCAAGCGCCAGAUUCAGGUUUUCCCAUACCUCAACAACUGGCUGAUCAAAGGCCACUCCAGAUCCCAAGUGGAGGAUCAGGUCGGCUUCAUAAGAAGGACCUUCCUCAAACUAGGUCUCCUUCUCAACGAGGCCAAAUCCACUCUGUCCCUGGUGCAGAGGAUAGAGUUUACAGGCGCAGUGCUGGACUCAACCCAAGCCAUGGCGUACCUCCCGGAAACUAGGUUUCAGUCUCUAGGGGACAUCAUACGGGGCCUUAGACAGUUCCCUACGACUACAGCAAGGAACUGCUUGAAACUGCUGGGGCACAUGGCUGCAUGCACCUACGUAGUACAGCAUGCUAGACUCAGACUUCGCCCACUUCAGUCAUGGCUGGCGUCGGUUUAUCGACUGGCCUGGGACACUCUGGACAGCAUUGUAACCCUGCCUCACCCUGUACUAGACUCCCUCCUGUGGUGGCUUGACCCACAGGUGGUUUGUGCGGGAGUACCUUUCACCAGCCCCCAGCCAUCCCUCUCGUUAGUGACAGAUGCCUUGGAUCUGGGCAGGAGGGCACAUUUGGGAGACCUCAGAACUCAGGGCCUCUGGUCUCAGGUGGACCUUGCUCAGCAUAUUCACGUCAGAGAGCUGAGAGCGGUGGGUCGGGCGUGCCAGGUUUUCAGAACCCAUAUAUCAGGCAGAUGGGUAUCAGUCCUCACUGACAACACCACGGCAAUGUUUUAUAUCAACAAACGGGGGUGCACGCUCCUCUCUCCUGUGCCAGGAAGCCCUCUGGGACUUCUGUGUAGAGCACUCAAUACACCUGCAGGCUUCAUACCUCCCCGAGGUGCAGAACAAGCUGGCGGACAGCCUCAGCUGAACUUUUCAUGGCCACAAGUGGUCCCUCCGGUUGGACGUAGUGAGCUCAAUUUUCCGUCUCUGGGGCUUUCCCCCGAUAGACCUGUUUGCCACACGCAGCAACAGGAAGUGUCAACUAUUUUGCUCCUUCAUGAAUCACAGUCUGGGUUCCAUCACAGAUGCCUUCCUUCUUCCAUGGGGAGACUGUCUGCUCUCCGUGUUCCCACCAAUACCGCUGGUCCACAAGCUGCUCCUCAAGGCCCACAGGGACAGGGACCAGGUCAUAUUGAUAGCUCUGGCAUGGCCACGCCAGCACUGGUUCACAUCACUCCUGGAAAUGUCCGUGGUGACCCCGCUCACCUUACCGUUGGUCCCGGACCUGAUGACGCAGGAUCACGGCCACCUCCGGCAUCCGAACCUAGAGUCGCUCCACCUCACAGCUUGGAUGCUCCAUGGCUAAAUGCUAUGGAACUGUCCUGUUCUGAUCAAGUCAGACAAGUUCUCCUUGGCAGUAGGAAGCCCUCUACAAGGGCAACGUACCUUGUCAAGUGGAAGAGGUUCCCUCUCUGGUCAGAGCAGCACCAUCAGUCACCGAUGCUUGCCCCAGUCCCUUUCAUACUGGACUACCUCCUCCAUCUUAAACAGGCUCUGUCCUUGUCAUCAAUAAGGGUCCACUUGGCUGCCAUCUCCGCCUUCCAUCCGGGCGCAGACAGCUUCUCGGUCUUCGUGAACCCCAUGGUUACCCGUUUCCUCAAAGACCUCGACCAGCUCUACCUGCAAACUCAUCAGGUGGCAUUCCUGGUGGCGAUAACCUCAGCUAGGAGAGUGUUGGAGCUCAGGGCACUUACAUCUGAGCCCCCUUACACAGUAUUUCAUAAGGACAAGGUUCAGCUCAGACCACAUCCGGCAUUUCUCCCUAAAGUUGUCUUCCACUUUCACAUGAACCAGGACAUCUUCCUCCCAGUGUUUUAUCCUAAGCCACAUUCCUGCGACAGGGAGCGAAGGCUUCACUCAUGGGAUAUCAGCAGAGCGCUGUCCUUCUAUAUAGAGAGAACUAAGCCAUUCCAAAAGUCCGUCCAGUUAUUCAUAGCAGUGGCAGACAGGAUGAAGGGCCCCCCCGUCUCUUCCCAGCGCAUCUCGUUGUGGAUCACACCUUGCAUUCGGGAGUGUUACGGCCUGGCAAAGGUGCCAGCUCUGCCAAUGACCGCUCACUCCACCAGGGCUCAGGCCUCCUCAGCUGCAUUCCUGGCGCAGGUCCCCACCCAGAAGAUCUGCAGACCAGCGACGUGGUCCUCGAUACCCACGUUUACGACGCACUGUGCGAUCACACAGCAGGCCAGAGACGAUGCGGCCUUUGGACAAGCUGUGCUCCAAUCAGGUGAUCCUGGAUCAGCAGGACCCCCUGGGCUCCCAGGAACAGUUAUUGUGACAUUAAGUGGACCAGAUAAUAUGAAGGGCUUGAAAGGAGAUAAAGGAGAGAAAGGAUCAAGGGGUCUCCCAGGACCAGUUGGGUCAUUGGGUUUUCCUGGAGAUUUUCAAAGUGAAAAAGGUGACCCAGGAGAGCCUGGCCCGCAGGGUAAACCUGGAAAAGAUGGUACCCCCGGUCCACAUGGCUUUCUGGGAGAGAAGGGUGAGCGCGGCUACCCAGGAUCGCCUGGCAUAGCAGGCACUAAGACAAAGUAUUAUGAUGAGGUGGCUGGUGAAAAAGGAGAUGAAGGAUAUCCAGGACCCCCAGGACUUAAAGGUCAACCUGGCAUACCUGGUGUAUCGAGACCUGGCGUAAAUGGUCCACAAGGAUAUCCAGGACUGAAAGGAAAUAAGGGAGAGAGAGGACAGCCUGGCAUGAAUGCUGUGGGAUCUCCAGGACUUCAUGGGUUUCCAGGCAGACCUGGUUCUGUAGGAUCACCAGGUCCUCCAGGACAGCCAGGUAAAGUAACGUUUGAAACGCACCCACCAGGAGUUCCAGGAAACCCCGGAUGUGUGGGACCUCCAGGACUUCCAGGAGAUAGUGGAGUGAAGAAGCAAGUCCUUGUAAUCAAUGCAGUUAUAUACCAGGAGGACCUGGACUUCCUGGUGCUCCUGGGCAAGAUGGUCAAGAAGGAGUUACUGGGACUUCCAGGUUUUCCAGGAGAUCAAGGACUGAAAGGGCCAAACGGUGAACCGGGAUAUGUGUAUCCAGAAGGGCAAAAAGGAAACAGAGGAGAUCCAGGGAUCAGAGGAAAUCCAGGGAGGAAAGGGGACAGAGGAUUAUCAGGAUUGCCUGGUAACCCAGGUCUUCCUGGAGAAAUGGGGCUCACUGGACCACCAGGAUAUGGACCACAAGGAAUGACAGGUCCCAAAGGCACUAAGGGAAUGUCUGGAUUGCCUGGAUUGCCUGGAGCAAUUGGUCCAGAAGGAGAACUUGGUGCAGUAAAUCCAAUACCUGGACCACCAGGACCUCGGGGGCCAGAGGGUUUACCAGGACCCCCAGGAGCAAUGGGUAAUGUUGGAUCUAGAGGACAACAUGGUGAUUUGGGAUUACCUGGGUGUGAUGGUGCUCCAGGAUUUUCAGGGACUGGAUUUCCUGGAGAUCCUGGUCCAAAAGGGGAUAAAGGUCUUCGAGGAUCUAAAGGAUCACCAGGUUUGCCAGGAAAGGCAGGAGAACCAGGCUCGCCUGGACAGCCUGGAUACCCAGGAGAAAAGGGAGACCCUGGAUUAAUUAUUCCUGGCCAACAGGGUGGAUUAGGUUCCCCAGGACAAGGCGGCUUUCCAGGGGUAAAAGGUGACAGAGGAAUUCCAGGUCUACCAGGAUUCCCAGGACAUAACGGUGCUGAUGGGCCAAGAGGAGAAAGAGGUGUACUAGGAUCAAAAGGAGACCCCAAUAUUCCAGGCUUGGGUGUCCCAGGAUUCCCUGGACAAUUUGGGCUGCCUGGAUUGCCAGGUUGCCAAGGAGACAAAGGAUCGCCUGGUCUCAAGGGUCAGCCUGGCAGACCAGGAAUACCAGGUGCACCAGGAGAACGAGGUAUAAUGGGCAAUUUAGGAAUUCGUGGACCUCCUGGUGUCUUUGGACACCCAGGCAUUCCAGGAAACAGAGGUUCUCCUGGCCUUCCAGGACUGAAGGGAAGAAAAGGGUUUUUAGGGGCAAAGGGUGAACCAGGUGAUAAAGGAUUUCCUGGACCAUCAGAGACCAGAGGGAAUCCUGGGGAUAAAGGAGAACCAGGAUCAAAAGGAUUUCCAGGAAGAAUAGGUCUGAAAGGAGAAAGAGGAGAUAAAGGUAUACAAGGAUCAGCAGGGCUUGAUGGGACAUCAGGAGUAUCAGGUCUGCCAGGUCCCAAAGGAUUUGUAGGUCUGCAAGGAAUUCCUGGAAGACAAGGAUUACCAGGACCUCCAGGAGACAGAGGUUCUAAAGGGGAGAGAGGAUCUCGAGGUUUACCAGGACCAUCCGGUGCACAAGGCCCUCCAGGCCUUCUUGGUUUUCCAGGUGAUAAAGGAGAACCAGCUAGUUCAGCAUCUGGGCCUCCAGGAAAACCAGGACCAAAGGGUGAUCCAGGUCCCCCAGGAGAAAUGGGAAGAAAAGGGGAAAGAGGAUCACCAGGUCAGCCAGGACUUGUAGGAGAACCUGGACUAGCUGGAAACAGGGGGGAUUGUGGAAAACCAGGAGCUCCAGGUGCAAUAGGAGCCCCUGGAGCCAACGGAGCUGUUGGGGAAAGGGGGAAUCAAGGACGGGAUGGUAUUCCUGGCUCCCCAGGGGAAAAGGGAGAACAAGGUACACCAGGAUGGCAGAUUAAAGGUCCACAAGGUAUUUCUGGUCCUAAAGGAAUCAAAGGUGACGUGGGGAUUCCUGGUUGUCCAGGACCAGAAGGUAUUAAAGGUCUAAUGGGGGAUCCAGGACCAAUUGGACCUCCUGGAUUGAAUGGAAAGCCAGGAUUCCCAGGUGCACCAGGCAUAAUGAUUCCUGGCCAGAAAGGAAAUAGAGGUCUUGCCGGAGUGGAUGGACGACUGGGUAUUCCUGGUAGUCCAGGACCUUCUGGAACCCCUGUGUACAGCAUAAAAGGAAACAAAGGUGUUAGAGGUAUAGAUGGCAUACCAGGACCACCAGGAUUGGUAGGCAAUAUUGGUCCUCAAGGUUUAACAGGAGUUGAAGGCACCCCAGGCAAUGCAGGCCCUAGAGGUGAACCUGGCUUUCCAGGACUUCCAGGUGUAACAGGAGAAAAGGGUAAUCGAGGACCCCCUGGACCAAUGGGUGCAGCAGGACCUAUCGGACCAAAGGGCCCCCCUGGUCAGCCUGGAGCACCUAGGAAAGCAACAUAUAUCCCAGGAAACCAAGGACCUGCUGGAUCACCUGGAAGCCCAGGACUACCAGGAGAUCCAGGACCUCGAGGGCCACCAGGAUUACAUGGACCUCAAGGUGUAAAAGGCCUACCAGGCCAUUGUGGAAAUCCAGGCAUACUUGGACCAGUUGGUCCAAAAGGAGACAAAGGAUUUCAAGGACAAAGAGGAUCUCCUGGGCUUAUUGGCUUUCCAGGAGUACGGGGCCUACCUGGUUCCCCGGGUAUUUCAAUAUCUGGUCCAACAAGAAGAGGCUUCAUCUUUACCCGGCACAGCCAGUCAACAAAGAUUCCUUCAUGCCCAUCUGGGACAGCUCAGAUCUACAGUGGUUAUUCUCUUCUCUUUGUACAAGGAAAUGAGCAAGCACAUGGCCAAGACCUUGGGACAGUUGGUAGCUGCCUGCAGCGAUUUACCACCAUGCCAUUUUUAUUCUGUAACACCAAUGACGUUUGCAGUUUUGCUUCUCGCAAUGACUAUUCAUACUGGCUGUCAACUGCAGCACCAAUGCCAGAAGACAUGGCACCAAUCUCUGGCAGAGCCUUACAGCCCUAUAUUAGCAGAUGUAUUGUUUGUGAAGGACCAGCAGUGGUAAUAGCAGUUCACAGCCAAACAACUGCAGUUCCUUUAUGUCCUCAAGGCUGGAUAUCUCUCUGGAAGGGUUUUUCCUUUGUUAUGUACACAAGUGCCGGUUCAGAAGCCUCUGGCCAAGCAUUGGCAUCACCUGGAUCCUGCUUGGAAGAAUUCCGUGCCAUUCCAUUCAUAGAAUGUCAUGGUAGAGGGACAUGCAACUACUACACAAAUUCCUACAGCUUCUGGCUGGCUUCACUAGAUCCAAGAAGAAUGUUCAGGAAGCCUUUACCACAGAUUUUAAAAGCAGGGGAAUUGGAAAACAUCAUCAGCCGCUGUCAGGUCUGCAUGAAGAGAGACAGAAAUUCUUGA